CGUAUACAAACUACCUUUCAGAAUCCCCGGCAAUACUGAAAAAUACUUGAGCGGGAAAGGAAAAGAUAAGUCCCCACGAGUGAGUGACGGUCACGGUGAUGCGUGAUGCUCCGUAUCGUUCUUCGGCUACCUGUCGUUGGUUAUAUCUUGUCAUUAGACAAGUGACAGUUCAUGCAUCAUGAACGUAUGCUUCUCAGGACGGAUCUGUAAAUCGUGGACACUCACACGGAAGAUUUUUAUUACAAAACAUUUAACUUCAACUGCCCUGAGAGAGGGCGCCAUGCGGUGCACGCCCCUUUCCCAUUUGCACUUGAGCAGGCUGCGCUGCGGCUUCCUACAGCAAAGCAUCCUGUUUUGCGGCGAGUUAAAAAUUGUCCAUUUAUUUUGGGCUCCGACAGCACCACACCCACCAUUCUUCAGUGAUCAAAUCUUACCGCUUCCGCACAUUAGGCCAUCUCGGCCGGUGAAAGGUCACGGAGGAGCUGCAAAAAGAAAGCUGGGAUGGCGUCCCGGGUUUCACGCCGGUUUUACCGCUUGGAAGGUACCGAUGACAUGCUACUCGAUCGUGGGGCAUCUGCCGAAGCUGAAAACCGAUGGGUAUUUGAAGUCGCCUGGGAAGUCGUCAACAAAGUCGGCGGGAUCUACACAGUGAUUCGGUCUAAAGCCGAAAUAAGUGUUGAGGAACUGGGUGACCAGUUCUGUCUCAUUGGCCCAUACAACGAGAACUUGGUGCGGACUGAAGUUGAGGUGAUGGAGCCACCUUAUAGCGUCUUUUGGAAUAGCAUUAAGGGCCUGAAAGAUCAAGGCAUCAAGGUGGUGUAUGGACGGUGGUUGAUCGAUGGUUAUCCGCAAGUGCUCCUCUUCGACAUUGGCUCAGCUGCGUGGAAGUUAGAUGAGUGGAAAAGGGACUUGUGGAACACGUGUAACAUUGGUGUGCCCUGGCACGACCGGGAAUCCAACGACGCCAUCAUCUUCGGCUACCUCGUCGUCUGGUUCCUGGCAGAUUUCCUGAGGAGCGUGACUGCAGCAAAGGGUACACCCUAUGUGGUGGCCAUGUUUCACGAAUGGCUAGCAGGAAUCGGCCUCAUCCUGUGCCGCACCAGACAUCUGGACGUUGCCACCGUGUUCAUAACGCAUGCCACACUACUGGGGAGGUACCUGUGUGCUGGAAACGUAGACUUUUACAACAAUUUAGACAAGUUUUCUUUAGACAAAGAAGCGGGUGACAGGGGAAUUUAUCAUCGUUACUGCAUGGAACGGGGGGCAUGCCACAGUGCCCACAUAUUUGCUACGGUCUCCGAAGUAACGGCCAUGGAAGCCGAGCACUUGCUCAAGCGCAAACCAGACGUCAUCACACCCAAUGGACUCAAUGUUAAAAAAUUCAGCGCAAUCCACGAGUUUCAAAACCUGCAUGCGGUCGCAAAGGAGAAGAUUCACGAUUUUGUGCGGGGACAUUUUUACGGGCACUACGAUUUUGACCUGGACAAGACGCUUUACUGUUUCACUGCAGGAAGAUACGAAUUUUCAAACAAGGGAGCGGACAUGUUCAUAGAAUCUCUGGCUAGAUUGAAUCAUUAUCUGCAGACGUCAAACAGCGACGUUACGGUCGUAGCGUUCCUCAUCUUCCCCGCCAAGACGAACAACUUCAACGUGGAGUCUCUGCGGGGUCAAGCCAUCUCCAAGCAGCUCCGCGACACCGUGCACAGUAUCCAGAAUAUCAUCGGAAAGCGCAUGUUUGAAGUGUGCCUCUCGGGCAAGAUUCCCAAAGGCGAAGAGCUCAUCUAUCCAGAAGACCUGGUGCACCUCAAGCGGUGCAUCUAUGCAACGCAACGGACAUGUCUCCCACCCAUCUGCACGCACAACAUGAUAGACGAUGGCGCGGACCCAGUGCUGUGCCACAUUCGGCGUUGCCAAUUAUUUAACAGGAGGGAGGACAGAGUCAAGGUAAUCUUCCAUCCAGAGUUCCUGUCUUCCACCAACCCCCUUUUUAGCAUGGACUACGAAGAAUUUGUUCGAGGAUGUCACCUGGGUGUCUUUCCAUCCUACUAUGAGCCCUGGGGUUACACGCCAGCCGAAUGCACAGUCAUGGGGAUCCCAAGCAUCACAACCAAUCUCUCUGGUUUUGGCUGCUUCAUUGAGGAGCAUGUGGCAGAUCCCAUGUCCUAUGGCAUAUACAUUGUGGAUCGACGACUCAAGAGCCCCGAAGAAUCUGUUCAGCAGCUAGCACAGUACAUGUUUGACUUCUCAUGCCUCUCACGAAGACAGAGGAUAAUCCAGCGAAACCGUACAGAACGGCUUAGCGACCUUUUAGACUGGAAAAACUUAGGAAUUUAUUACCGCAAAGGACGUCAGAUGGCACUGCACAAGACCCACCCCGAACUCCUAGAGAGCGAUCUAGGGACGUCGCAGCUCCAGUUAAAGUACCCUCGCCCCAUGUCGGAGCCUCCUUCCCCCAGUGCAUCGCGAACGUCCACCCCACCUCCAUCGGAACACGGUAGCGAUGAAGAUGAGGAGGAUGAUGACAGAGAGGAGGAAUUCAUGUCCAUGAAAUCUCAGUGAUCCCAUUCCCCUUUCCUCAUCACCCUCUUGCUACCUACCUAACUAGAGGAAAUUUUUGAAGUCAUUUCUGGUGGGGUUCGUAGUGAGACCUUGGUUCCAGAAGGCUUCCAUGUUUCAUGGUUAAUGAGGAAACUGCCAAAUUUCUUUGUACUUCUCAUGGGCAUUUUCCCCAAGUCUAUUUCUACUAUUUUGUGCAGACGGCUGACUUUCUCCUUGCAAAAUCAAUCGCCUGCAUCUAACCUAUGAAUGGGGUCAGGAAAUGUGCCGCCUGGGUGAUCGAUUGCCAUGAAACACUUUCCCAUAAUACCUACAUUUUCUUUUAUUGGGUCUCAAAAGUAUGAAUCUCCAAAUUUCAGGUAGGAGAAAUAUGAUACUGUAUAACUUGUUACUUCUUGCACGUGUGAAAUUUCAGUGUUUUUUUUUUUUGGAGCUUAGCCCAUGCCUCGGGACAUCUUGCAUUAUUGAUCAAGAUUCUGAGAGGUCGGUUACAACUGCAAGCAGAUGUAGGAGGACCAAUCUUCAAGUGAACAAGUUUGACCUGUAGACCAUUCCUCACUUUAUCCCAUUGCACACUACAGGAAUACUGGUGCUUAUGAUUUGUACUUUUGAGACCUUAGAGACUGACAAUAAUUUAUGCGAGAUGUUGACGCCCUAUUGGCUACGAUGCAGCACGUCCAGCAGCUCCCUGUUCAAGUCCUUAGUUACUGUUAGUCUUGUUAGGUAGGCGUCGAGCUUUUUGUUACCUGGUGCCAUAUACACAACUUUUCUGCAGGACGCUGACAGAGUUGUCUACUGGUUAGGGGGCAGAUCCUCCUUUCCUUUUAUAGCAAUACUGCUUUUUCAAAUGGAACGUUUUAUUAAUGUUUUAAUCGCUGCAGAUACUCAAUUUCCACGUUUUAACGUUCUUUACAGGAUCUGCGUUUGCUUUCCUCUGGUGUUUGUGUUUAGUGGGGGAAAUGUUGAUAGGACUUCUUUGUCACUAGCAAAACACGCGUAUUUACAUUUGUUUUUCUUUAAUGUGUACGAGAAGGUGAUAGCAAAUAAAAUUUUUUCUGUAAACAAA